AUGAACCAAGAUGAACAUUCCAGUUUCCUUUUUGCGGAGUCAGCGCAAGUUUCUGAGGAACAGCUUCAGGCACAGAAGCUUGAUAUGCUUCAGAAACACAACUAUAACCUGCUGAACAAUAUCCUGGGGCAAAACAAAACGACACCGGUGAGAAUCCAAAAUGUCAAUCUAAUAUACAAUGCUUCAGAAAAUGAGUAUCGUGACUCGUUUCUGCAGAGACAAUUAAGACCAUUACUUAGUGACAACAGUGGACUCACGCUCCAGCGAUUCGUCCAGAAUCUGGACCAGGUGUCUGAGAAUUUUGCCAAAACGGGAAUGGUGAACAAUGUGGUGAUGUCAGUUGACCAUCAGAGGACUCGUCCCGGAUUUCGCGGACAGCCGAACUUGUAUGGUCCCAACCUCGUGACAAACGUGUACAUAUCUUCUGUGAAGAAACUGUUCAUGAAAGUUGGAACUAACAUCGGCAACGGCGAAGGAGACGGGUUUUUGACUCUGCAAUACAAAAACUUGUUUGGUGGUGGUGAAACGCUCAAUUUCAACACCAAUGUGGGUUCCAAUUCGAUCGGGUCUGCUUCAAGAACGACGUAUUUACUAGACCUGUCCAGUCCGAUCUGGAACGAACCCUGGCUUCGUGGGACAAUACUUGGUUAUAGUACGAGUCGGACUGUUGAUUGGACCACGAAGCACGACCAGAGUGCGGUGGGUUUGUCCUUCAAAUUACACACUCUGAACAGACUGAUCAACCAUGAGUUGACAUACGACAACGCCAUGAGAACGAUCCGCGUUCUUCCACAGACGGGACGGGUGAGCAACCAGAUGCUGUUUGAAUCUGGUGAAAACUUCAAGAGCUCGCUCAAUUACUCGGUGAGCUACGAUUCGAGAGCCAAGAACACCACGUUGCCUUCAAGUGGUACUUUGGCCAGAUCCGAAAUUGAGUUGUCCUCGCUGAAAAAUAUCAAGUUUUUGGUUGAAUUCAACAAGCUCUUUGCGUGGGUAGGUCAAAUUUCAAGUUUUUCAUGCAAAAUCGGAUACAUCCAUAGUUUGGCUGGAGGGCAGGGGAUCCACUUCAUGGACCGGUUCUUCAUCGGAGGAUCCAACGAUGUCCGCGGUUUUUCACUGAAUUCGCUGGGUCCCAAACAAAUGGGAUUACCUGUUGGCGGGAACCUGUUUUUGGCUGGUGGAGUUUCUAACUUUUCAAGCCUUCCGUUCUACCCCGAAUCGAACUUCAAGCUGCACCAGUUUGUGAACUUUGGAAAACUUGUCAACACUCGAGGCCAGAGCCUCGGCGAGAAAGCAGCUCACUUUGGUGCCGAGCCUAUCGCUCUGAGCUGCGGACUCGGAUUGGCAUAUCUACAUCCAGCGGCGCGUUUCGAGCUCAACUUCGUGCUGCCGCUACAAACGGCAACUACAGAUCUACCCAGAAAGGGCUUCCAGUUUGGAAUUGGCGUUUCGUUUUUAUAG